GCUGGUCCCUCCGCCUCAGCAGCCCUCCGCCUCCAACAUGGCGUCGCGCUGUCACCUGUGUGUGUGAGGGAGAGGAGAGGGGAGAGGGGAGAGAGGCACAGGCUGACUGACUGCCCCCCCCUCGACCCUCAUCACCCACCCCACCCCCCAAAAAAAUCCCUUCGCCCCCCGCUUUUCCCUUUCCCUUUCUCCUCCUCUCCCUCUUUCUCCUUGGCUCGGCUCCUCCCCGCCAUGGCGGGGGGCUGAAGGGAUCCGCCUCCCUCCCUCGGCAACAGCAUCCCUUCCCCUCCCCUACGCCGAGGCAGGUGCUGUCAAAGCCGCCUCGGCUUCACCCGCCGCCGCCACCGCCGCCGCCUCCUCUUGAUGGGGUCCCCGGCAGGCGUGUCGGGUUCGGCGGCUGCUGCGGCAGCGGCCGCCGCGGCAGACUCUGCGCAGUGGCUGUCGGUGAAGGAGGAGACCAUCUUCCUCCACGACGGGCUGAUCCGGGUCACGGACCUGGCCGAGCUGCCCAGCGAAAUCAUCGGCGUGGCCGAGCCGGGAGACACGGAGCUGGAGAUCUUAACAUUUGAAACCAAGAAUCCAACGGAGCUGUCGGAGCGCCUGCGCUCUGUCUGUGGAAAUCAGAGCAACGCCUAUGCCCGCCUGCUAGAAUACCGCUUGAACGCUCUGCGUGGACUCUGGAAUGCCCAGCGCCAGCUUGCCUUGGAGGAACAGCAUGAACGGGAAAACUCUGGGGAUGAGGAAGCCCUUGCCUUGCUCAAGCGGCAAGGCCUGUUACAGCAACCUGAACAAGCACCUUUCACUUCGCGGAUGGGGCUGCUCUUGGUUUUCCCUCUCAUUGAGUCGCAGAGCAGAACAGACCCUUCCCUUUGUAACAUAACUGCUGAGGUGCUCUUGACUUGCCUUCGUGACUGUCAGCCCUUGAGCUUGACUAAGGAGCCUGUGGACUGUCUCAAUGGCAUUGAGUCCUUGCUCUGCUCAUGGCUGGAGGAGACAUCCACUUCAGGCCAACAGAUUCCACAGAAGCAAAAAGAAAACGCUGCUGCUGCCCUUGUUGCCUUGGCUUGUGCAAGGGGAUCAUUGAAAACGUUUGUUCACACAGUACACCUUUUACAGAAGCAAACAGAGUUGGGAUCGCUGCCUGUAGCUGAUGUGUUACACAGGUUGUUGCUUUUGGAAGGGGGGCCUGGAUCACCCUCUUGUUUGCUUGGGGGCAAACACAUGGUGUCCUGGGGGUUUGAAGAUAUGUUGCCAGCACCUGAUGCCAACCCAGGGUCAGGCUCAGAAAAUAAAGAUGCAGACUUAGGACGCUGCCUUGCAGCAGAUGGGCUUUAUCUUUAUACAACAAACUCAGUUGGCAGAGGAAUAAGCAAAUUAGGAUCUGGAUUACAUGGUACUUUACGAGGCUUUGUGUACUGCCGUAAUGAAGAGUUGGAGCCAGGCUGGGUUGCUUUUGGCAAUGGCAAGCUUCUUCACAGACCUGUCUCUUUUGAUAACAAACCUCACUCCCUUUUCCAGGUUAUUGACCAGAAUACCCUGCAGGUAUGUCAGCUUCUCCCAAUGCCAGCAGAUCACUUUCCAGUUGGCAGCACUAUGACCACUGUGCACCUUUCUUCGGAUGGCACCUACUUCUAUUGGAUUUGGUCUCCUGCAAGCUUGAAUGAAAAAACACCAAAGGGACACUCUGUCUUCAUGGAUGUUUUUGAGCUCACAGUGGAAAAUGGCGCCUGUGUGGCCAAUCCCCUCCAAGAGCGGAUAAUACUCAUGAGGAAAGAAGGGGAUUCAGCAAAAAGCAUCAAUGAGAUGCUUCUGAGCAGGCUUUCAAGGUACAGAGCCUCUCCCUCAGCAACCUUGGCUGCCCUGACUGGCUCCACCAUCUCCAAUACACUGAAAGAGGACCAAGCAGCUGCUAACACUAGUUGUGGUCUGCCUCUAAAAAUGCUACGAAAGACUCCAAUAUACACAUGUGGGACUUAUUUGGUGAUGUUAGUCCCACCCCCGGGUGGCUCUGGCAGCUCUGCCACACGGUCGCUCUUUGGUGGAACAAGUGGCUUGUCAUCCUUGAAAAGCUCUCUGUUUAAAGUUCUGGCUUCGAGUUUGGUGUACAGUAUCUCAGAUGGACAGUUUGCAAGCCGAGCGGAUCUCAUUGAUGCUGCUGGGAGCUCACUUGGACGUGGUGCUCUUGUUCCUGGUCUUGGAGCGUGCUAUGAUGCUAUGAAUAACAUGAUCUGGACAUGCUCGAAUGACUAUAUUGAUCAGUGGUGCAAUCCAGGGAACCAAGCCUUCCAUUAUGUUUGCCAGAGGCUAGGAGUCAGCCAUAUAAUUAUGGAGCCAAAAGGAGACGCCAUAACCACAAAUGAGGUUAUCAAUCAAUUACUGCACCAUGUUGGUGCUAUGUGUAUCCAUCAACUCAACCUGCUGGCAGCGAGUAACAACCUUCCAAUCACAAACUUUCUGGGCAAGCAACACCCAAUCGAGGGCCAUCAUCUUAGCAGCAUUUGCGACAUUAUGGAGAAAGCUAUGGUCAAUGGGGACACCUGCAUUAUACGCUGCAUCUUGGUUGUCUUCCAGGUGGUUUUUAAAUUUUUCUUCAGCCCUCAAACUGAGAAGAAUCGUGACAUCGUAAGACGAUCCGGCCUCUUGCUUUGGCAGUUACUGAUGGCACCAGUGGACCAGAUCAGCCCUGAGAUUCAGAAGGAAGUCUGCCUGGCAAUCAGCUCUGGUCUAAAUAAUCUGUAUCCUGGAGAAGUGGAAAUUAAUAACUUGCUUAAAUUGGUUUUAACAGAAGGAGACAGAAACAGUGGGCUUGCCCAGCUUCGAAAUGUGAUCAUGACUAACCUGGCUGAGCAGCUUCAGAACAACAGAUUUGGCAGCGAAGAUGAUGAGCAUUACAGACUAAACGAUGAACUUUUGCACUACAUUCUCAAGAUCGUUGUCCGAGAAUCAUGUAUCUUAAUCACCAAGUGCCAAACUGUAUCCAGAGAUGAAUUUCAAAGGCUCCUCUCAACUGUGCCUGCUGCCUCUUCUUGCCUGCGGUAUCUGAUGGCCGUACAGAACCAUCUUCUGAGUAAUACAAUUUUGAUUAAGCCUGACGAAAACGAUGACAGUGACAGCUCCUUGCAGGGAGAGACAUUGAAGGUACAGGAGCUUAAAGCUAGUAUCUUGGCUCUGGCUACUCAGAUCCUUACGGGAUGCGAUGAAGUUCUAGAAAUGCUGCAGCAAGUCACCACUGCUCUGAUAAACAGUGAUAUUCCAGACAGGGAGCAGCGGUUAAAAGGCCUGGAGCAGGUGACCAAAGCCACAAUGCUGGGCCAUUUGCUUCCGGUUUUGCUGACCUCUCUGAUGCACCCCAAUCUCCAAACAUUGACCAUGGCCGAUGCUCUGAUGCCUCAGCUGGUGCAGCUGGUCCUCUACACAAGUCAGACAGCCUUGCUGCUGAAAACCCAGUCUCCUGUUUUCUCUGAAGCGGGCAGUUCUCCUGGAGGGGCAUCAGAGCAGAGGAGCAAGCUGUUCCCUGAUGAGAGAAUGCUAGAAGAAAAAGAAGAGCCAGGUUUUCUUACUGGGUUAAAGAUUCCAGCUCCUUGGGCUGCUGGGAAGACAGUAGAGACAGUCCAUCCUGUCAGAGACAAUUACAAAUUUAAGGAGACGGUGCAUAUUCCGGGAGCCCGUUGUUUGUACCUGAGGUUUGAUAGCCGCUGCUCUUCACAGUAUGAUUAUGAUAAGUUGGUGAUCUACGCAGGCCCCAACACAAAUAGCCGGAAGGUUGCUGAAUAUGGGGGCAACACCCUAGGGUAUGGCAGCCGGAGUGUCUUAGGAACUGGUUGGCCCAAAGACUUAGUAAAGGUGGAAGGGGACACCGUUACCUUCUCCUUUGAAAUGCGAAGUGGCCGGGAACACAACACCCCAGACAAAGCAAUGUGGGGCUUUGCUUGUACAGUUCGAGCACAGGAGUCAUCGGAAGAUGUGUCGGGGGGAUUGCCAUUCUUAGUAGACCUUGCUUUAGGCUUGUCUGUGCUGGCUUGCUCUAUGCUGAGGAUUCUGUACAAUGGACCAGAAAUAACCAAAGAGGAGGAAACGUGCCAAGAUCUUCUGAGAUCUAAACUUUUACAGAGGUGCCAGUGGCAAGUGGAAGCCAAUGGCGUCAUCUCUCCAGCCCUCACCCCAAGCCCCUCCCCACUGCCUCUUACCAUUGAUGAAGACCGAGAGUUCACUUAUCCCUCCGAUAUUCUUGUGCCUCCUGUUGGUCACUACUUUGACUUGCCAAGGAUCAGGCUCCCUCCUGGAAUCAUGAUCAAACUCAGGGAAAUAUCUGGUCGAGCUCGGCCUCAGUUCAGACCCAGCAUCAGAGAGGUCAUCCAGCCAGACAUAAUGGAAGAAAUGGUAGUUUCGUGUGUGAUCAAACAUUUGAACCUGGUUGAUGCACUCCAGUCCCUCAUAAACUUCCAGUAUCAAGAGGAGCAUGCAGAAGAAUAUGACUUGCUUUGUAAAAUUAUGGGAGAAACUUUUAAGAAACUAAAUGCCAUGGAAAGACAAUUGCAGAGUGUCGCCGAAUUAGAACAGAAAUGGCAAAGUGAAGUGGAAGAUGCCAUGCAUGGGAAAUUGGAGAACAAUGUGCCCUUCUUUUAUGAUUAUCAUUUUAACGAGAACAAAAUGAAAGAAUUGGAACUUUUGUGUUCAAUGAAAGAGAUUUCUUUUGAUGGAAGUGAUCUCGAGAAUAUGGUUCUCUCACUCAGGGAGAAAUUCUUCCAAGAAGUAAACUCUCUGCUUCAGAAGCCUUUGCAUCCCAUGGGUAAAACAAAAACACUGGUCAAGAGCCUGAUGAACCGAGCAGAGCUGCUCUUGCAUGUCACCAUUGCUGCACAGUCUGGGCUUACCAGAAGUAUAUCUGGCACACCUGCAGAGACACCAGCUUGCAAAUCAGCGUCAGAAACAAAGGUGAUAUCCCAUGCAGUUCGCCAGCCUGUUUUCCUCCGCAGUAUGUCAGCACCAUCUGACCUUGAAAUGAUUGCAAAUGAUGACCUAGAGUUCACGAGGUCAAGCCAGAGGCGGCGCCAUGUGACUAGUCACAGAAGCAGCUCUUUUACUCUUCUUCAGUCUCUCACCGUUGAGGACAGCCGAGACAAGCCCACCUAUAGUGUCUUGCUGGGGCAGCUGUUUGCUUUCAUCGGGACCAAUCCUGAUCAAGCAGUAUCGAGCAGCAGUUUCCUAUUAGCUGCUCAGACUCGGUGGCGCCGUGGAAACACCAGAAAACAGGCCCUGGUGCACAUGCGAGAGCUCCUGACAGCAGCUGUUCGUGUUGGUGGUGUGACGCAUCUUGUGGGUCCAGUCACAAUGGUGCUUCAAGGAGGCCCCCGAAUUGAAGAACUCACCUGUGGUGGAAUGGUGGAGCAAGUUCAGGAAGCCUUUGGGGAGACCAUGACCUCUGUGGUGGCACUCUGCGCUCGGUACCCCAUUGCAUGUGCAAACAGCAUUGGCCUGCUGUGUACGAUCCCAUACACCAGGAGUGAAGAGAAGUGCCUGGUGCGGAGUGGCCUCGUCCAGCUGAUGGAUCGGUUGUGCAGUUUAAGCAGCCAGACCGAAUCCAGCUCCAAUGAGAAGCAAACAAAGAAGCAGAAAGUGGCCACCAUGGCUUGGGCUGCCUUCCAAGUGCUAGCCAACCGUUGUGUCGAAUGGGAAAAAGAGGAAGGUGGAUCAACGGAGGCUGUGCACUCAGGUUUGGCUCGCCAGGUCUCCAGUCUCUUAACCAACCACCUAGCACGUGCCACAGAGUGCUGUGGCAACCAGGCAGCUGGGAAUGAUGCCCUGCAGGAUGUGCUCAGUCUCCUGAAUGAUCUGUCUAGGAGUCACAUUGGCAAAGCAAUCCUAAGCCAACCAGCCUGUGUAUCCAAACUUCUCUCUCUGCUCUUGGACCAGCGCCCCUCUCCAAAGCUGGUCCUCAUCAUCCUUCAACUUUGUCGUGCUGCUCUUCCACUCAUGAGUGUAGAGGACUGCGGGAAUGUCGAAUUGCCGCCCUGGAGUUACUCUGUGCCCUCCCUAAACAGUGAGCAGGAUGACCCCAGUGACCCAGCUUCUAAAAUUGCCUCCCUGCUCUUAGCAAAACUGGCUGAUUACGUGGUACCAGGAUGUCAGACAGUUCUUUCUCCAACUGCUUCUGAACCUGAUACUUCACUGACAAAAGCCAGCCCAAAAGGUUCCCUUAAAGGAGACAAAGAUCCAGGAGAAGAGAGUGAGGCUGUGGAUGGCAAACUUUCCAUUUUUAUACAUAAGCGGGAAGACCAGUCAUCUCAUGAAGUACUUCAGCCAUUGCUGAGUAGCUCAGAAGGUCGGCCAUUUCGUCUUGGAACAGGAGCCAAUAUGGAGAAGGUGGUUAAGAUGGAUCGAGAUAUGACCAAAAGUGGUUGCUGCGAAGUGAUCACGGAGGAAGCAGCUGCCGCUUUGCGGAAGGCCACCAAGUGGGCACAGUCCGGAUUGAUCGUGAGUGUGGGGCCACCAGUGGAAACGGUCAGUCCUGAAAGCACUAGCGGCCUGUCAACUGGGGACAAAAAGAAAACAGCACAAAUCUCCAUUUGCAGGGAACGGAACUCAGAGCUUGCCAGAACCGACCCUGUGAGGCCCUUCAUCAGUGGCCAUGUAGCAAACAGCAUGGCGGCAGAGGUGAUUGCUUUGCUUCACAGCUUGCUCAUGGCACCAGAAUCCAAUGCAGCUCAGAUAUGGACAACCACAGCUGAAAAAGUCCUUUCGCGUGCUCUGAUGUAUAUUCCUCAGCUGGGAAAAUAUGCAGAAAGCAUCCUGGAGAAUGGCAGCAGCAGCGGAAGGAAACUCGCCAAGCUUCAAAGGAUUGCUCGCCAGGCAGUCGCUGCUCUUUGCGCUCUUGGUGGCUUCAAAGAGACGAUCAAAAUUGGCUCUGAAGUGCAGGUUUUGGGUAGGGGAAUAGCAGGAAGCAUUGGAGUGGUGGCAUCUAUUAAUGAACAGGAAGGUAUAGCAACGGUCAAAUUUCCGCCUACCAGUAUAGACUGUAGAAAGACCUCCCAAGCAUCAGACAUUUUAACUAUUCCAUUAUCUAGGCUCUGUGUUCCAAGAUCAGAGGCAUUGCCUCUCCAUAAACUGUCCAUCACUGAGAAGGUAGUACAGGCAGUCCAGUCCAUGUUGCUUCCUCAGGAGGGAAGUCUCUCUAUUCAUACCUCACUUCCUGCAACAGGAGAUGGCUCAACUCCAGUAAUGGCAGUGGUCCGACUCCUUGCUGAAAUUAGAACCAGAGCAUGCCUGGUGAUGGCACAGUUGCUGGAGGAUAGCUCCUUCUGUGAAGAAUUCAUCCAGCAGUGUCCAGCUGCUGUGGAAGUCCUUAACCUCGUUGCCCAGGAAUGCAGCCCUGGGGAGCGGCUCCUUGUUGUAGAAGUGCAGUGUGAAAGGUUAAGGAUGCUGUAUCGUGACAGCGCUCGCCCCCCACCGCCACCUCUCCAGGCAGACCGAAGGCAGGCCCUUCUCUUCUUGGUUCAGCCCAAGGAAGUCACCUGGAAUCCUUCUAGGGUCUUCCCACCUGUGCGAGCCUGUAUGUUCUCCUCACAUCUUACAGCCGUGACUUUCCUUGCGGAUCCCAGUGCCGGUGGAGGGCUGCCUCGUGGCACCUUCAUUUACGCCACAUCGCCAGUUCCGGUACAGGCACCAUCCUUCUAUUGGGAGAUUGAGAUAGUGUCCUACGGAGAUACAGAUGAUGACACAGGGCCGAUUGUUUCGUUUGGCUUUGCCACAGAAGCAGAAAAGCGUGAUGGAGCAUGGACCAACCCGGUGGGCACCUGCCUCUUCCACAACAAUGGAAGGGCUGUUCAUUACAAUGGUUCCAGUUUGCUGCAGUGGAAAAGUGUGAGACUGGAUGUGACCCUCUCUCCUGGUGAUGUUGCAGGCAUUGGCUGGGAAAGGGCAGAAGGCACCCCUCCUCCUCCAGGGCAGCCAGCCAAAGGCCGAGUGUAUUUUACAUACUGUGGACUGCGGUUGGGGCCAUAUCUGGAGGAUGUUUCUGGGGGAAUGUGGCCUGUCGUCCAUAUCCAGAAGAAGAACACCAAAGUCCGAGCCAAUUUUGGGUCUCGUCAGUUUGCCUAUGCAGAAGGCCAAGCUCACCGAAACGCCGCCGACCUCUGCAUCGACCUCGCAGAAGAAAUAAGUGCCAACUUUGAAGCAUUGCCUUUUGCCAUGGCUUCCGAUAGUGAUAAUGACGCAGGCACCAGCACCGCCUCCGACCCAGGGACUCAUGGGCCGCCUUGCCGGAUUGCCGCUGUGGCCACAGCUCAGCAACAAUAUGACAGUGACACUUCUUGCCAUUAUAAGAUGGAACUCAGCUAUGAAAACUUCAUCACAUCGGGCCCUGAGCCUCACCCUUCUCCCAUUGCAGAUGAUGAAAGCGAUGAUGAAGAUGAUGAUGACAUCCCAAGGGAGGAUCACUAUGCCUUGCUAGUGAAAGCUUGGGAGACCAAAGUAUUCCCUACAAUUAGAAGGCGGUUCCGCAAUGAAGCAGAGAGGAAGUCUGGCUUGGAUCAAAUUAAAGGAGCUUUGCAGCUGGGAAUGGUUGAUAUAGCCCGGCAAACAGUGGAAUUCCUCUAUGAGGAAAAUGGGGGCAUCCCUCGAGACCUGUACCUUCCCACAAUUGAGGAUAUCAAAGACGAAGCCAAUAAGUUCACCAUUGAUAAAGUUCGAAAAGGUCUCACAGUCGUCACCCGCUGCCCAGAUAGUAACAACGUGGCCACCAAUGCUGUAGGAACAGCCCUGCCUAAGUUUGCUAUCCGUGGGAUGUUGAAGACAUUUGGACUCCACGGAGUUGUUCUGGACGUUGAUUCGGUGAAUGAGCUUGUCCAGGUAGAGACUUAUCUCAGGAGCGAAGGUGUCUUGGUCAGAUACUGGUACCCUAUUGAUAUGCUGGAACGACCACCUGCUGGCUAUAGGAGGACUGCAACAAAUGGCCUGGUCUCUCUGGACAAUACAAACAUUCAGAUUCACAGAGAACUUUUACGAUGUGAAGCUGCACUCGCUAGGCUGUACUGCCGCAUGGCUCUUCUAAAUAUUUUUGCCCCUAAAUCUCCCCACAUGUUUACUCACCUGUUUCACAUCCCUGCCAUUCGGGACAUCACUCUAGAACAUCUCCAGCUGCUAUCCAAUCAGCUUCUUGCACCACCUCUUCCUGAUGGAACGAUCAGCUCCAGCUCUAUCCUCCUGGCCCAGUCCCUCCAGCACUGCAUACAUUCCCAGAACUGCUCAGCCACAGACCUCUUCUACCAAGGCAGUUCCCAAACAGUCCAGGAGUGGCUCACAGUUGCCAUUGCUCGGACCCUCCAUCAGGGAGAGGAGAGUCUGCUUGAUCUGACAAAACAGAUCUGUUCCUUCUUGCAGAAUGCUCCCGAACAGUUCCCAUCUGAAGAGUUUCCCAUUUCUGAAUCCAAAGUCAACAUGGACGUGAACUUCCCUGGUGCAGCCUUUAUAGUUGUGUCCUGUAAGGAAAGUCAGUCUGGAUUCCGCAAAGACUCCUCGCUUUAUAAGGCUCCCUGGGCUCGGAUUCUUGUUUAUGGCCUUGGUCACAAAGUGAAGAGGAGUGGCCAGUUGAACCUCAUUGAGGCUGUGUGCUACCCUCGAGAUGCUUCUCCAACCAACACAGGCUUGACGCCACCCCCCACAACCAAUCAGUAUCCUUCCGUCAUCAUAUCCACAGACAAGGUCCACAUCAAACUUGGAGUGUCACCGCCUCCUGGAGCUGUGCUCAUCCUGCACUCCCUCCCCCUGGAAUUUCCCCUGGCGAUGGCAUUUGCAGAGCAGCUGCUGACCUGGAAACUCGAGAAUGGCGACGGAAAAUCUGAAGAGGAGCUGGACACAAUCCCUGCCUCAGUUCUCUUGCAAGUGGUGGAAAUCCUUGGGAAUUUCCUGUGGACAAUUAACAUGGCAGCCUGUGUGAAGGAACUGCUCUUUCAUCUCCUAGCUGAAUUGCUUCGCAAAAUUCAUGGCCUAGAGCAGAAGAAGAACCCAGCAGGGUUGUCCUCCUCCAUUGCGCUUCAGCUCAACCCUUGCCUGGCCAUGCUGAUGGCUCUCCAGUCAGAACUGCACAGGCUGUACGAUGAAGAAACCCAAAACUGGGCAUCUGGAAAUGCUUGUGGUGGGUCUGGGGUUGGAGGAGCUGACCAGGGGAGAUUUUCCACUUAUUUUCAUGCUCUGAUGGAGGUCUGCCUGGCCGUAGCAGAAGUAACCUUGCCGAUCAACAUGAGCAUCACAGCCAAUGUGAUGUCAUCGACCAGUGGCCCAAAUCUAAGCGAUUCUUCCUCCUCCUCUUCAUCGUCUCCUGGGCAGACCCCGCAGAGCCCAAGCCUCCUGUCAAAGAGGAAAAAGGUUAAAAUGAAGCGAGAGAAGACAACAUCUUCAGGGAAGCGAACUUCAUCCCGAGCUGCCGAAACGGACACUGCUCUGUUGAGCAUUGGUGGGAGCAAGCCAGAGGACAUGUUGUGGUUCCAUCGGGCGCUCACCUUGCUAAUAAUCCUUAGGCAUCUAACAAAGAAGGAUCCCCAGGGGCUGGGUGUGACAAACGAUGCUGUGGCCGAUGCUUGCCAGGCCUUGGUUGGGACAACUGCUCACAGCCGAUUACUGGUGAUUUCGGGGAUCCCCACCCACUUGGAGGAAGGUACUGUGCGGAGCGCCAUCCGCAAGGCCUGCAAUGCCCACGGUGGUGUCUUCAAAGAUGAGAUCUACAUUCCAGUUCAGGAGGAGGAGCCUAAGAAAACCAAGGACAAAGCGGAGGGAGGGGAAUGUAAGACCGAGAUGGACAAGCCUGUGGUCUCCAGCAGCGUGGACAGCUUGGACAUCAGCAGCUCCAGCAGCGUCACGCCUGCCAUGAGCAUCAGUGCCUCUGCUUCCACCAGCCAAGCCUCUCUUUGUAGCUCCCAGGGGAUCUCACGGACCAUUAGCGAUAUCUCUGUAGACCAGUUUCAAGCUGGGCUGGAGAUGGUCAUUCCGCCUGGGUUGCUGGAGCCACAUGUGGUUUCCAGCCAGGAGAGUUUAGACCUUUCACUCUGCAGCACUGGGAGUCUGGGCAGCCUGGGGAGUCUCGGGGAGCAGCUCGACAAUGUGGAAACUGCAUCGGUGUCAGAUGUCGGAUCUAUGUACACUGUUACAUCUCUGGACAGCCAGCCGGUCCCCUCGAGGCCCAUCAAGGGCUUUGCAGUUGUGGAGAUACGAUCCCGGGCCAAGAUAGAAAAGAUCCGAGCCAGCUUAUUUAACAGCAGCGAUUUGAUUGGCUUGUCGAGUCUGGAUGGAGAGGAUGAGCUCAUGGAAAUGUCGACGGAGGAGAUUUUAACUGUCUCAACUGUGAAUCAGAGUUUGUUUGAUACACAAGGGAGCCCUGCACUUGAAGACUAUUUCAAUGACAAGACCAUCAAAGGUGACAAACUUGUGCCAGGUGCCCGCGAAGUCCUCACGGAAAUAUUUAAAAGCUGCCUCCAUUCUGAGCAAAUGCUGAGCCUGACACCUGCAAAGCCGACCAAAGUGGCAGAGAUUUUCCUCAGCAAAGAGCAGAUUAACGCCCAGACACCAGGAAACCUGCUGCACACCUUCUUCACCAAUGUCCGCCCCCCAAAGAAAGUUCUUGAGGAUCAGCUCACCCAGAUCCUGCGAAAAUACGGGGCUCCCAAGCCAAAGUUUGACAAGAGCAAGUACAACAAGGCUGGCAAAGAGCAGCACCCGGUGAAAGUUGUGAGCACCAAGCGGCCCAUCACAAAGCCCCCUGCCAAGGAGAAGGCAGUGCUCAACAGUGUCAGCAGGACAGCUCUGAGUGAGAAGAAGCCGACUGUGAAGCCCAAAUCCCCAGAGAAAAGCAAGCCUGAGGAAAAGGACCCUGACAAGUCACCCACAAAGAAACAGGAGGUUCCUGAAGAGAAGUACCUGACACUAGAUGGAUUUCACAGAUUUGUCAUUGACCGGGCAAAACAGGACAUCCGUAGCGUGUGGCGAGCCAUUUUGUCAUGUGGUUAUGACCUUCAUUUUGAAAGGUGUGCCUGCAUCGAUGCCAGACAUGCCCAGAAAGCUUCCCGCAAGUGGUCCUUGGAAAUGGACGUCGCCCUGGUUCAAUACAUCAACCGUCUCUGCCGCCAUCUGGCAAUUACACCAGCUCGACUCCACCCACACGAAGUGUACUUGGACCCUGCUGACGCUGCUGACCCGCGCGUUGCCUGCCUGCUGAACGUCCCUAUUGAAAGCCUCCGCCUGCGCUUUGCUCUACUCCAGUCCCUCAACACCACUUUGGAGACGUUCUUUCUACCGCUAGUGGAGCUCCGGCAAACAGAAAUGUACACCAACAGCAUUGCAGCACUUCUCCAAGAGGCCAAAGGAUUCAUCUUUUAUGAUACAAAAGUGGCUGUAAUGAACAGAGUGCUAAAUGCCACUGUGCAAAGGACGGCGGAUCAUGCAGCCCCCGAGAUCACCCUGGACCCGCUUGAAAUUGUUGGAGGAGAAAUUCGUUCUUCAGAGAACUCCUAUUUCUGCCAGGCCGCUCGGCAGCUGGCGUGCGUGCCAUCCUCACAACUCUGUGUGAAAUUGGCCAGCGGGGGAGACCCAACUUAUGCCUUCAACAUUCGCUUCACAGGCGAGGAGGUCCAUGGCACAAGUGGUUCUUUCCGUCACUUCUUGUGGCAGGUCUGCAAGGAGCUCCAGAGUUCACUGCUCUCCCUCCUCUUGCUCUGCCCCAGCUCAGCAGUCAAUAAGAACAAGGGCAAAUACAUCCUGACACCCAGCCCCAUCAGCUAUGGGGAGGAGCAGCUGCUGCAUUUCUUCGGGCAACUGUUGGGCAUUGCCAUCCGGGCAGACGUCCCCUUGCCCCUGGAUCUCUUGCCCUCCUUCUGGAAGACUUUGGUUGGAGAAACACUAGAUCCAGAUGUUGACCUCCAGGAGGCUGACAUACUGACCUACAACUACAUCAAGAAAUUUGAAAAUCUGAACGACGAGUCGGAGCUGGAGGCCCUGUGUGCUGAAAUUGCUUCCCAGCACCUUGCGAUGGAGAGCCCCGACUGCCCCAACAAACCGAGCUGCAAGUUCACAUACCUGACAAUGACGGGGGAAGAAGUAGAGCUGUGUACCAGAGGCAGGCACAUCCCGGUUGUGUGGGAGAACAAGGACGUCUAUGCAACAGCCAUCCGGAACCUGAGGUUACGCGAGCUGCACAAUCCAGAGUGUGCGACGGCCGUGAGGGCUGGCCUGGGCUCCAUUAUCCCUUUGCAGCUUCUGACCAUGUUGACUCCCCUGGAGAUGGAGCUGAGGACCUGUGGCCUCCCCUACAUCAACCUGGAGUUCCUCAAGGCACAUACCAUGUACCAAGUGGGACUGAUGGAGACCGACCAGCACAUUGAGUUUUUCUGGGGGGCGCUAGAGAUGUUCACACAGGAGGAGCUCUGCAAGUUCAUCAAAUUUGCCUGCAACCAGGAGCGCAUCCCUUUCACCUGUCCCUGCAAAGAUGGCGGACCAGACACUGCGCAUGUCCCUCCGUACCCCAUGAAAAUUGCACCUCCGGAUGGCACUGCAGGUUCCCCAGACUCACGCUACAUUCGUGUUGAGACCUGCAUGUUCAUGAUCAAACUUCCUCAAUACUCCUCCCUGGAGAUAAUGCUGGAUAAACUCCGGUACGCCAUCCACUACCGCGAAGACCCUCUCAGCGGCUGAGCCGCUGCACAUCUUUAGGCAACGGACGUCUCUGCGGAAGUCCUUGGAAGAGGCACCUGACCAGCUGAAAAUUGACGCCGAACGGCAACAAGGCGAGAGCUGAAGGCUGAUUCUUUCCUCCAAACCUUUGCCUCUGCAAUGGCACUUGUGGGGAGGCUUCCAUUUCAUACUUGUAGGUUUUUGUAGUGGAUGGGUUGUCUUGUUUGUGAAAUAUUUCUAGGGCAAGUUUAGUACACAGACUGAUGUUCACAAACCUUGAGAUCCUUACCUUUUUUUCAUAAUUAGAAGAGUGCUAAUCACUGAAUGGGAAGUUAAUGAAGCUUUCAAUGCAGAGUUCUCCCCGCUAUCAUUUCUGAGUGCAAAAAUGGACGGGCUGCCACUACAGAAGCCACUGAUACAACAGAAUCCUCACUGGGGCAAUGACUGAAAACCCUCCCUUCUUGCAGGUGGCAACUUCACAGCAUUCCACACCUCCAGGUUUUGGUGGCAAGGAUCCUGUCAAUUCACACAUUUCAUUAAAGAGAGGCUCUGUAGAAACAAGUUUCUGGGUUUCAUCACUCCACAAGUAUGAAUUACUCUUUUGCACACACACACACACACAUGGUUCAGUGGCUAAAAUCCACCGGUCCUGCCUCUUCGCUCUCUACAGUCAGCAAAGCCGGUGGACGCACUGCAACGUUUUUGUACUCAGAAAUGAUCACUCGGAAAUUAUUAUUACUAAAAUGUUGCAUCCAGAAAGUGGGGGAGAUGAGAAGCAUCUGACUUCCAAGGUAAUGUUUUACUCUUUAUUGGGAAAGCUGAGGCAUGAUCCACUCUGUCUUGCUAUAUUGUGGCUUUCUUUUUUGCUUCAUUGGGCUUUCCACUAGGGUCCUACACAAAAGGAGCUACACAAGAGCAGAGCUGGGUGGAUUGGGCCUGUUGCAAGGUGCACCCUGCCCCAAGACCCAUCAAGCAGACGCUUCCCCCCCCCCCUUUUACUAAUAUGAAGUGUUGUGGGUCCUGAAGAAGGUAGUGUUGCUGGAUUGAUCCAUUUCCAGGUUGCCUUCAAACCCAAGAUGCAGUGCUAUGUAGGAGUUUAAGUGCCAGUACUUGGUUCUAAAUCUUGUUUUUUUUUGGCCUGCAAAAGCCUACCCCACAAUUUUGCAAGCUGUAAGCUAGGGCCUGGCGGGAGACAAGAGUCAGAAUAGUUUUGCUUGCCUGUAGCAACUGAACAGCUGUAUUUAUUGUAUAUAACUGUGAAUACUGGUAAUUAUUUGGGCUGCAUGGUAUGUGGAAGGAGCUCGGGGAAGAGCGUGAAAGAGUGUGAUUGUUUUUAGAGUUAGAUCUUGGCGUGAAAAAAACCCCAACUUCCAUUGUCAAAGAGGAAGAACUCACACCUGUUUAGGUAUCACUUUCAGCUCUUGAGCCUUGCCCAUUUUCUGGCCAAAGUGGGCACAAUGUGUUCAGAUGAACAACAAAUGUCGCGUGAAGGACAUGCUGGGCUGAGCUUCACCAAAAUCUGGCUGGUUUUGUUUUGCUUUUGAAUUGCCCAGCUUUCUAAGGGAACUUCUCGCUCAGUCAAAUACCUCACAGGCCUUUCUGUUGCCAGCUGUGAAUAUGAGGAAGCUGUUGCUGCUGCCGUUCUUGCUGCUUCCUCCUAGAGGACGUAGGGACGUUGGGAGUCUCCACCCCUUGGCCCAGAAGCAUGCGUGCUGUAAAGUGACUUGAUGUAUAUUUAUUCCAACUAUUUAUGGUUGCAUUUAACAAAAACAAAAUGUCCUCCAUGGUGUUUACACCCUGCCCGGCGUAAAUGGAGUUUCUGUUUGGGAACAUUUUGUAUCCAAAUCUUAAGCCCUUCAUCUGCGUUGUGGAUUCCUAUUUUGGAAGAGCAGGUAGGGACAAGUUAAAGGGUGCUGCUUAGACUGAGCAAGUGGCAAAGAAAUCUGCCCUGGACUUCCUGAACCCAUCAAAUCGGUUCUUGUUCACUGUAUCAACAUUGACUAUAUAGUCUGCAGUAAGAGUGUCUCUCACUAAAUACUCUGGGUUGUGACUUUUUAUUUUUAACUUGAAUAUUCAUUCCGAAUGUAAAGCUGUCCUAACAACAGCAGAGAAUAUGGAUGUUGAGGCAUUUAAGCUUAUGUUGAGGCAUCUGUUUUGCUAUUUAUUACACACAGUUAACCUGUUUUAAGUGCUCUUGGUCAGGUAUGAAAUAACCAGGCUAAAAGGGAAAUCUUACUACUUGUCUGCUCCUUAAUCUUUUGCCUGGAAACAGAAACCCUGUGACCUCCAAGCUGCAUUCACCUACAGAAAGUUAAAACUACUUGAGAUGACAAAUUGCAGGCUUCCUGAUCUCUGGCUCAUUUUGAGAUGGGUUUAAAGCACUGUAGUUUUUAAUUUGUAUUUAAUUACAGCAAACGUGUAAAUAUUUUGUACAAAAGGGAAAAGUGAGCCAAGGGCUGCCAUUCCUCUUGUGCAGAAGGGGCUCAAAGUUCCUUCUUCUACCCAAGGGAGACGAGCUACCAAGCUGACAAGUGUGUUUUGUUUGCCUUUUUUUAAAAUUUAUUCUCUGCUUUCCACACCUCGAUUCUACUGUGAAGGUCUCCCCUUAGAACUGUUGUCCCUUCUCAACUAUAUCAGAUACAACCUUAGCUUUCCUCCGUAAACCCACCAGUGCUUUGCCCCUGGAAAUAACAUUGCAAGGUUAGUUGCCACUUGUUUUUCAGAAGUCUCUUUGGCUUUUCUUGUAUUUAAUAAAUGCUUACUUUUGGUGGAAGUGUCCUUAAAGCUGCUUUAUAUUUGAUCAGCUGGGCCUGGACCAUGUUUGUGUGACACAGGCUUCCGCUGACCUUCACCAGGCAUUAAGAAUCACUGGAACCAGAAUGCCUAAAGGGGAAGAACGACAAACUUCCCACCACUUCUUUUGUGCAGGCUUUCAAAGCGGCAUUGUUGAUUAUGAUAACUGUUUAUGUAUCAGUACAAACUUAACUGGACUAGUCCCUAUGAAGUCAAGAAACGAGAGGCCAGGCAUUUGCUAAAUCCACCUUGAAGCUCUUUGCAACACAUAUGAUGUGCCAAAAUGGCAAGCUAGUUGCUGAGAGCAGAGACUAGAGCUGGGCUGCCUUUUUCCACCGUCCUUUUUUGCAUCCUCCACUAUCUCACAGCCAGGGCUCUGUAGAUGAGGGGAUUUUGCCAGUUCUUAUAGAAUUGUAGGAUCAGAAGGGAUUCGGAGGGUCAUCUAGUCCAACCCCCUGCAAUGCAGGAAUAUCAUUGCCCAAUUUUGUGUGGUGUUGUGUUUUUUUACCAAGAUCAAGGAGUGAGUUUGGGGCUCUGUUCGGACACCAUUUUGAAACAACACGGCAGCUUGAACCUGCUGAUGCCACCACCUCCCCAAACUGACUUCUGCAAGUGAGGUGUAUGUGGCUCAGGCCGCUACUUCCCAUAAUGCAGCAGAGGCAGCAGCAGCUGUGGUGUGGGAGGUGAUGGCAGGGGCCUCACCACCACUGAGCUCUGGUGCAUUGGGGGACUAAAGUAGCACAGGAGAGGUGAAGACAAGUAGCCCUGGCACAGUAGCACCCAGCCUGACCCCUCCUGCAAUGUGGCUGGAUGUGUGUGCAGGGGGAGAGGCAGUCUCCCCACCCCCACUUUUUAAAUUUUUUGCCAAGUGUGUAGAUCUGAAUGCUCACAAGUUAGAUGUGUGUAAUUUUGUGGGCUUACUGUAAAGAGAAAACUGGUGAUUUUCCCUUCCCAAACUUCCGACAGCAGAAAGUUAGAGGCACUUGUAAACAUGAUAAAUUUUCAAGUGCACAAUGGUAAGGAGCCCAGCCCACCAUUUCAAGGGAUCUUGUUAAAUGAUGUAACUCAGGCAGAGACCAUACACCCCUUUGCAGGGCAAGUGAUGGAGCAGUGGGUCACAUGAGGACACAGCAGUGACUGCUGCAGUUUGAGAAACUGCUCCUCUGGUUUAUAUUUUCAUAUGUGGCAACUAACAAAACAGUACUUAUGGCGGGAAAUAGGUUUUGAGUUCAAAUCUCCAUCUAUACAGUAAAUUUUGAAGCAGAGUUAAAAAAGGUGGAGGAUGACAAAAAACUCUGCUACUGCACAGGACACAAGAACAACGAGAUACAAAGUUUAUUACAAGAAAUUUGAGACAGUCUCCAGUAUAGUAGAAUAAUCAGCAUAAAGAGAAUGAACAGAAGCCUGCCUUGGUUUUGCUGUUGUUUUUACAGAAAUGAAACUGGGCACUUCUGGUAUUAAAGAUAGGCUAUAUAUAUACACACAGAGGCAGAACAAUGAAAUGUUAUGGCUUUUCCCUGUGUUUCCUCUUCCUCCCAUUUGGUUACACACUCCUGACUGGGGAAAUAGAUUGCCAAGUGCAGUUAGAGCACCAAAAGAACAGGUUAAGAAGCCCAAUAGGUUGAGCUUAAGCCAAAGCAGCAAGCAACCCAGGCUUCCUCACAAGGCCUUACUUGCCUGGUAGCUGCUAGGCCAGCCACAAGUCUAAACACACAAUCCCAUGUGUCAUUAACUGCGCUGCACGCGGACAACACCUCAAGGCUGAGCAUUUUAAGCAAAACUUCUACGAGACACUCAGCUCAGUUGUUUUUACUAUAGGACACAUUUGAAUCUAACCCCCCAUCCCAUCCCACCCAGACACACACCCUGGCCCUUACCUCAGAGCACAAGGACAUUGCACAUUUUUUUAAAAAAGCAGUCCUAAAUCAGGAGAGAAGGGUUCCUGCCACCACUUCUCUGGCCUGCAGCUGUGGUAUGAUCACCCUCCUCCCUAUCCCUCUCCCCACCCCCCGCUGCUAAAUCAGUGUCACACUGAAACCAACCCUACUGCAGCCAGACCUUAUGCGGGAACAGAGGCAGAGGCAAACCCACUUGCCCUGGGAAGGCCCUUUCCCUAUUGCUCUUUGUCUGGGUAGUCUGAUUCAGCUUGCCACGAUUUCACCUGCGAAAGAGAAUGGCAGGAAUUGAAGGAGGGCAGUAAGGAGGAGACAGGAGGAGACAGAGCAAUCUGCAAUCAACUAGAAUCCCCCCCCAUUCAGAAGUUCUGUAGCAUUGCCUUGUCAGAACUACAGCUCAAACUUCAAAGCACAUGCACAGCCAUGUCCUGGUUCUAUGGGAGUCCAGAAAAAUCAUACAGAAAGUAAGAUACGAUGGCACAGAUCUCAACUUGCAUUUUAAAAAUGAGCAAGCUACUGCCCCUCAUAGUUGUAAAGGUAUGAUUGAGUGCAUAGGUCCAGUGUUGGAAAGACUACAGAAGACAGAUGAUUGAAAGACAAGAUAGCUUCAGUGUCCCCUUCAAGACUUCCAGAGGCAGAAUAUGUGGCUGCAGACUUUGAUAAAGCUUCAACACACUAAAAGGGCACUUUCAUUCCUUUUUGCUUAAGAGAGGCACUCUUCACAUUCACACAGAGAGGAAUGCCUCUAAAAUGGCACACAAUAUUCAGAAAUAUAACAUCUGAAACAAAGUAUGCUUUUUUUCUUGUCCUACUUGUAUGUGCAUUUAUGUAGAAGCAAGCAAUUGAUUUAACUAAUUUGAUCAACUGGGACUGCAAUCAUACGGCCCCUAGGAUAUGUUGGGUCUUCUUCACUGAUGUUGAAUCUCUCCUCUCAGCCCCUAUAGAAACCCCAAACUCUUCCAACUGGUCUCAGAACUGAUGCAGACAGGACCAAGGAGGACGACAACUAGGGAAGAGCUUGGAUCCAAAGCUAACUGAAUUGCCCUACACACUCCCAACCCAUGCAGAGAUUUAGAGCAGCUCAGGAGCUGGCCUCCAUCUCUCCCUCCGAUUUUCUUCCCAUAAUUCCCAAUGGGAGGGAAAUGGCCUCUCAUCAACAGGGGAGAAAAUUGUUGCAAACGGGCCUUUGGGAUGAGGCAGUUUGGGAAGCACCUCUGGUUUUUGCUUCCACCUUAGGAAUGCUACCUAUGAUUUCUUUGGGUUAGGGUGACAGCCCUAAAAAUGUAUGUGCGUCAGCACAGGAGUUUUGAUUAUUUGAACUCUGGCAGAGAACCAUGAGCCUGAAGAGAGAACUGGAGCCUGCCACAGCUCUUACCUUGGUGUUGUUGUAAUGGGAAGGGCUAGUAGGACUCCUGACACCUUCUCUUCUCAGGCUGUGGGAGAAGGGGGAGAGAGACAGAGGUAAGACAACAUUUGCCAUUGUAAUCUAAAACUUCCUUCACUUCAACAUUAUUAAGCAACUUUAUUAAAAGGUUUCUAACAUGCCUUUCAGGACUCAAGCCUCCCAAGGUAGUUCAAGAUUUGUAGUUUUGUUUUGUUACAAAAUCCUAAAACAAAUCUACCAAACAGUCCUUUAAUUAGUGGUCAAGAGUGGCACAUCAAUGAAGUGCACACUGUAACAAGAAAGUCUUUGAAACUCUUAAGAACUAGCAUCCUCUUCAAGAGAUCACAGAGGAGCUGCUACUGCCUCCAGUCAAAAACCACCUGAGCAAAAGCCCCCACGAACAGAGGAAGCCCUGGAUGCUGCACAGAAGUUAGAGCACAGCUCCUCUCAAGACCAGUUAGUGGGGAACAAGCAGGACUCAAACACCUCCACCUCCACAUGGUCCUGCCAAUGGGAGGAAGUGGGAGGAGAUUCAGACCAGGAAGUUCUGUACUACAGAGAAUUUGGUUCUGCCAUUAACCUACAUGCAAGAAACAGAUUUGUAGCUUGAUAACAAGAUAAACAGCCCCUUCCUCAAGCAAUGAGCAUCUACCUGGGCCGAGCUGGAACUGUGACAGGGAAGCUGGGCACAUAACCACUAGGAGAGACGGAGAAGGGACAGCGUCUGGUGGGGAGGGGGACAGCUGCAUGGUCACUCAGCACUCUUUCACGACCACCACCACCAAUACCCAGCUCCUUGGGUUUGCCUCGUUCUGAAGGCCCAAGAUUGUCAUCUCUUGUGUUGUUGGGAGGGGCCUGCUGAAUGUGUCUGGCAGCCACCAGAUUGUUGCGGGAGGGAUUCCCUCUGAUGGGGUGGGGAGACUUCUGCGGCCUGAACUCCUCAAGGUACUGAGGUGAGAUUUCCC